AACGAAUUUUAUCAGCAUGAUUUCUGACUUCCAAAGAGGAUCUCCUGUGACUAUUGGGGAACUGGGCUAUGUUAACCGGGAAUGGAUUCAAAAACGCCCAUCUGUGUUUCAGAUCUAUGGUCUGCAAUCUCAGCUUCAAUUUAAUGACACAGUGGCACCCAGUGUUCUCAACCGAGCGACCCGUGUCGGACCCCCUUCCCCUAUCCUGAUAGAGAAACUUGUGCAUAGGGCAGAGGGACGGGAUGAUGCGGAGAGCUGCACCAGUUCCUUGCGUCUCUCAGUCCUCUCAGAAGACAGACUGCAGGCUGCGGUCAUGCUGGCUAAAAAAGACCUGCGCAGAAAACGUCAGGAAUCCAUCAGCCGUUUGUCCGUUGAACAUCCUAUGGAGAGAUCACAGAAUACCAGCCCUCAGAAAAACAACACGGAUCACAGUUUUCAGGUAUCUUCAGGAGGAACACCAAAGAUGUCAGGUCAGAAGAACCAUACAAAACCUGGUGCUCAGGUGAUGGUAUGCUCGCCUCCGAAACCCAGCGGUCAGCCUAGACCGGGCCGGACGCCACCCACCAAAGACCUCAGUCAUGAACAACAGCUCAGUCAGGAGAUUCGCAAAUUACAGAAGGAACUGAGCACAUAUGUUCAAAGAAUACAGCAGCUGACUAAUAAAGGUCGUGUGGUGGAACUUCUGGAGCCAGAUGUGAAGCGCAGGAUGGAAAUCCGUCGGCAGGAACAGGCAGCUCGGUCGGCACGAAUAAUCUACGUAUUGCAAAAACAGGUCAAAGAAAUCCAAGAGGAUCUAGACAAGCUACAUUCUCAGAAUACCAAACAAACCAAGAAGUUUGUGACAGUGGACAGACUAGCAGCUGCUCACAGGGGAGCUACAAGAGCCAUGCAAGUUUUCAUCAACCAGCUGUCUGACCCUGCGGAGAGCAAAGUGCCCACCUACUGCAAAGAGCUGGGCCAGCUGAUUCGCCAGCUCUCUCUCUGUUCUGCAAAAGUAGAGGUGCGGCAAGGAUCCUCUGUCCCCGAGACGGCCCUCGACAUCCUGCAGAAGCUAGAGACCCUUGAAUCAGCACUUAGUAAGCAGGAGAAACCAAUAGAGAGAGACCCAGACUUACAGAAUAUCAACCCUGCAGAAAAGACUUCUGCGAAAGUUGUGUCUCGCAGCACGUCCCCUCCUCAUCCCGUAAAAGGCCCAACCAAGAGGACCUCACGGAGAGGACCUCCCCCUAAACCCACUACUGUGAAAACAGCUGGAAGCAGAAUGGCUGGGAAGCCCCACAGGACCUCACAGUUAUUAGUGAAGGAACGUAAUGAAGUUCUGAAGGCAGGGCUUGAGAGCCUUAUGCAUAAUAAACACAAGAGAGAGAUUGAACCACAAAGACCCAAGAAAAACAUCAGCGCCAUCAACCCAGCCUAUGUUAAGGCCGGUCAUGUUCAGGAUUGCAAUUUCCAGCAGCCCACCGUCUCAUCCCGGAUGAGGGAGAAUCAGUUCCCAGAGAGAGAGACCACUGUGCCCUGGAUACCAACAUCUCCACACUCCCCUUCGCGACAGCGUGUUGUGGCUAGUAGGCCAGAACCCAGAUGUCUGUUCUCUUCUGUAAAGAGCCCUGAAAAGCAACAGCCGCAAGUCAAGUCUGUAGACAACACACAGCUCAGCCCCUCAUCACAUGACAGGAAACAAGUCCAGAAUGAGGCUCUCAGGCAGGCCUGGCUGGAGCGGAUGACUGCUGAGAGAUUGACAGAAUUGAAUCGUCUGAGUGAAGAGGAAGCAGAACGCAUUAAUAAACUCCGGACCACUGUAGGCUCUUCCACACAAUGGGCAGAAAAGGCUGAACGGGUCGCCCGAGAGAGAACUCAACCUUCGUUGGAUCAAGCACAGCAGGUGGCUGGCGCAGAAAGUGAUGCUCUCAGACAACGGCUUAAGACUGCAGUUAAGCCUGAGGCUAGUGCAGACGUAUUGAGCGAGGCUGUGCUUGAUGAUCUUCUGGAGGAUGCGGCUCGAGCUCUGUGGACCACUGAGAGGCAACAGGUGGCUGAGACUGAGGCUGAGAGACGGCUACAGGGACCUACGCUAGAGAGCAUGCUGCUGAGGAUGGAGGAGAUGGAGAGAGACCAGGAGGAAGUACGCAGACGUUUUGGCAUGAUCUCAUACUCCGAUCCUUACACAUGGGAUAAAAGCAAAGAUACUCACAGGAAGAUGUCUAGCUCUAGACCAGCCUCUCCUCAACCGAUACAACUGACAAAGCCAGUCUUAAAUGCUCCCAGCACAGCUGACAUCUUCCUGCAGGAGCCAGUGGAGACGGGAGCGGUAUCAGAGACAUCAGUGCUGGAUGAAGAUUCUUCUGUAUUUAAUGACCCCAGUCAUGCAGUCACACCAGGAGUAAAGAGGACUGGAGGGCUUUACCUGAGUGUGCCGCCCAGCAUGCAGAGGAGCAUUCAGAAGUACAGAGAAAACCACGAUGCCUUCCUGCAGCUGCUCUCACACGAGGCUGUGGGGAACUUCAACCCCUGGGCCAUAGCAGACAGUCUGGCUGAAGAACUGAUGGAUGAGGCUCUGGCUGAUGUGGCAGCAGAAUUCCAGGAUGUUUGUGAGGAGUAUGCGGAAGCUGUUUUCACUUCAGAAUUCCUCCAGCCUGUCCAGUCCCCCACUGCAUCAGUGUCAUAGUUACUAAAAGAAAAACUGCAGCCAGCUCCAUUUUAUAUGACAUUGUAGUUUAUAUUUAUAUAUGUUGUAUUUUUUUAUAUAUUUUUUAUCAAUGUUGAAGGGAAUCAGGGAAAUUAAAAUAAAACAAUAAAAAUAAAUAAAAUAAAACAAGCCACUGUUUAGAGCCUACCUUUGUCUGAAAAAUAUCAUUUCUUUUAAAACACAAUUCCUUUGUGUGUGCAGACUAUGAAACGCAAACAGAUGCUGUACAGGUAACAAAUGUGACAUCAUGUGCCAAAAUCCAUACAGUGCCUUAUGCAUUAGGCUAUUGCUAUGCUGUGUUGACAAAGCUUUUAGAGAAGCUACUAUGUCAAUGCAUUAUAAGCUUUUAGACUUUUCCUAAAAACAUCUCCCUGGUGAAUAAGCAUUAAUCUGUUGGCUCUUUCGUAUACUUAUUUCUCACCCUUGUUUUUUUCUCUGAGCUAAUUGUCUCCAAGCCUACUUUUAAAUUCACUAAUCUCUCCAGGUGUUGUCCUAAAUGCUCAAUGUGAUGAUCGGAUCAGGUGAUGUAUUUAGAAUUAUGUGUGUUUAGUUUGUGUCGGUAAAGGAAAGGGCAGGACUUCAGAUGUUAGUUUAGGAAUGUGCUCUGACAGGACACAGGCACUAGUCUUAACAAAUGUGUUGAAUUCUUUCCACAAAGGCUGUGUGUGGAAAUGUGCACGCCCACACCCUUUAUAUAACCAAGUAAGACUAAUCAUCAGAAAGGGGUAUAGUCAUGUGUUUACGCAUAUGAAAUUAGGACCCGUGUAAUAUUGUGUGACUGUUUAAACGUAUCAGUUGUUUCCAUAUUUCAUGAAUUAUUUUAGUGUGAAUUCAGUGAACAGAUGUCAGGUUUAAUUUCUCCCUGUUGGUCUUAAAGCGACAGUUGUUUGUUGAAGAUGCGAGUCUAUUGCAGGUAACUCCCUCAUGUUUCAAAAACCUACUUAUUUGUCAGAAGUGCCAUAAGCAAUGUAACCGCAGAAAUAACUGCAUUCGCCAAUCAUUUUCAAACUUUAUUGCACUAUAACGAAUGCUGUGACAUACAAUGUUUGCUUGAUUUUUGUGCCGUUUAAAGAAAUCGAACCUGUACAAUAUUUAUUCUUUC